CUCCUCAAACCGAGCCCAGCAGAACCGAGCCGAGCCAGGAGUCAGGACAGACGGAAUGAGGAGCUGUUAGCGGCUCGUGCGUCCCUGAAAGCCUCGCUCAGCUCAGCCUCCUUCCGGUCAGCUCGCGCCGAAGAACGAUGGACUUCACAAGAAGGACCGACGUUUUCAUCUCUCAGCUGCUGCUUCUCUGCCAAAUAGUUGUGGCUGUGGAACCGCUGGUCCAAGGCCUGGAGAAGCUCAAUGAAGAGAUGGACUGGUCCUACUCAGUGACCAUAAAUGUGGAUGGGGAGUUUUUUGUGAGCGGAGGAGGACUAAGCUCCAGGUUUCGUGUUGCCAGCCUCAACUUCCACUGGGGGCGCUGCAACGCAACAUCUGCUGGGUCUGAACACAGCCUGAAUGGGAUUAAACACCCCCUGGAGAUGCAGAUCUAUUGCUUCAAUCCUGAUGAUUUCCAAAGUCUAGAUGAUGCGAUUAAAGAAGGAGGGAAAGUCGCUGCCCUGACAGUACUCUUUGAGGUUAGCUUGGACGACAAUGAGAACUUCAUUCCUGUUCAGGAAGCCAUAGAGACGGUCAGCAGGUUUGGUAAGAGUGGGUCAGUUGAAGCCUUCAUGCUGCGCUCGCUGCUGCCAAACAUCACAGAUAAAUAUUACAUCUACAACGGCUCGCUGACGUCUCCUCCCUGCUCUGAACUGGUCGAAUGGAUCGUCUUUAAACACACCGUCGCCAUAUCAGAAUCUCAGCUGGAAGUGUUUUGUGAGGUGAUGACCAUGGAGCAGGCUGGGUAUGUGAUGCUGACGGAUUAUCUGCAGAACAAUUACAGGGAGCAGCAGCAGCAGUUUAUGGGUCAGGUGUUUGCCUCCUACACCGGAGUGGAGGACGUGGUCACACCAACCUGCACCUCGGAGCCACAAAAUGUUCAGGCCGAUGCCCAGAACGACACCACCAUCGUGGUGACAUGGGAGCGUCCCCGGGUGGUCUUCGACACCACCAUCGACUGGUACACAGUCACCUACCAGGUUCUCCAAGGCCGACAGCAGAGCAAGCAGGAGUACAGGACUGAUGGAGACCAAGAUGUGGGCGCCAUCAUCUCCAAUCUGCUGUCUAACAGCAGCUAUGUGGUUCAGGUGGUGGCUGUUUGCACCAACGGCCUUAGAGGGCGAUGGAGUGACCAGAUUAUAGUGGACAUGCCGUUGGAGGACCCCGAAAGUGAUUCCAACCCUGACAGCAUCUCAAAGGAUUCUGAAAGCCACGUAGAGGUCUCUUCUGCAGGAUGGAAAAAACYCAAGAACCAUAAAAAUGUGAACCUGCCAACAGAAGACCACAGCCCAGUGGAGGAAAUCCCAGCAGAGCAGACACGAGUUUACCAGAACCAUCCUACACAGCACCAGCACCAGCCCACAGACCAAACCCAGACAGACCAGCACACCCCAGCACCUGUCCCCACCCAGUCAACCUCUCAGACUCCCCCCGACUCUCAACCCAACCUGAAGGUGGAAGAGAAGCCGAGCCGAAACAGUCCAGAUCAGAACUGGAUAGAGGGUGAACAUCUGAGCCCAGAACACAGACCUUUUACGGGGUCCGGUUUCGAGAGCAACAGCGCCAUCUGGGUGAAUCCAGUAACUCAUCAGCCGGGSUUCCUAUUUCCAGUUGUUCACACAACCACACAGCUGUCAGUCCGCCGGCAAAUCACAGAAGAGGCUUCGCUGUCAGCGCCGUCAAAAGAUGAUCYGCCAGACCAAGCCAGUAAAAAUGGCCCCUCUAACCUGUUUACCCCUCCAAUGGAGGACAUCCAGGUCACAGAUGUCUUCUUUGAAGACGCAGUCACCAGCUCUCCAGUAGAACCCAUCACCAGCCCUUCAGCAGUGGUGCCAGGUAACAAAGUUCAGAAMGGCUCGCCGCCGUCCUUCGAGGACAGCGAAGCCUCUGGAAGCAAACCUCAGCAGAAGGCCAUCACCUCCGACUCCUCCACUCCCUCCUCAGUCUGGACGAAAGAAGUCCUGACGACUGCCAGCAACACCCUGAGCGACUCGCUCUAUAAAUCGUUCACCACCUCUUCUCUGCUCCGAGUGUUGAUGCACACAACUCAGCCAUUGUUCAAUAAUGCAGACACCCCUACCCUAAGGACUGAAGACUUCACAGACUCUCUGAACCACUCAAGUGGAAUCAUCACGAACCCUGAACAAUCUGACUCUGAAGUAACACCGUCACUGUCUGUCAGUAAAUACACCAACAACCUCUCUGAGGGGAAGGUUUUGUUUUCUACACAAGAUCAAGGUCCAACUUUUUUCAACACUUUGGGUUCUCAGGAUCUCCUGAUUUCAACCAGCCAUUAUUUCUCACCACCUGAUUACGACUUGACUCCCACCCAUUCAAUAACGACAACCAUAAACGCCCCAAGUGCCUCUCCAACCCAAAGUGAUAGUUUGAUCGAAGACACUCUGGAUUUGAAGAGUGAAGAGGAUGACCACAGUGCAAAUUCAGAAACAUUUUUAUUUGAUUCCAGUGGUCUGGAUUGGUCAGACGGUCAAACGGAGGUCAGUGGAUCGGGUUCUGGCUAUGACCACAACCUUGAGGAACUGGAGCAAGAUGCUGAAGUUCAAUUUACGUUUUCUAUAUUUCAAAGCAUCAUCGGUGAUACCAGAGAGGGGAGCAAAUCCAAUGGUAUGACUAYAGAUGGGGUAAGUAAUGUAAAUAGAGAGGGUGACUCGGAUGACAUUGAGAUAAGUGGUGAGGAAGAAGAGGACUUGGAUGUUGGGAAUCACACCCUCACAAAACUGGAUAAAGAAACCAGUGAGAGCUUCGCUAUCACAAAAUUAAAACAAAUAAUGGAAAAAGAGAAUGAAAGUGAAGUGGAGCCCAAACCUGAAAGGGUAAUCUACCAUGAGCGUGGCAGUGGAACCGAGGACUUCAGUGGUUCUGGUGAACAUACUACAUUUGACAAAUACAAGCCAAAGGAAGUUAAUGUGAAAAGAGAAAAUUGGAAUUCUGAGUUCAAGUCCAAAAGCAACAACAGGAGCUACAGUCAGGAGGAUUUAAUGUCUGAAAGAAAUGCAACUGCAGAUAAAAGGAUGCAGACAAUAGAUUCCUCAAAGUUUCUGAGCAGUGAAGAGAACCUCUACGAUGAGGAUCAGAACCAGAGUCUGUCUGUGAACAAGUCUACUAAUGAGGAUCAGAAGGACAGAGAAGACAUGAGACCUGUGAACAAAAGAGAGCAUGUUACAGUUGGUGGUGUUGCUGGAGAUGGUACGCAGGAUGAGUUGUUAGAUGCUGAAAGAAGUCUUUUCCCUCAGCUCAGAAUGACAGACAUUACAAAACAGGAGCAAACAGAAGAACGCAGCAACAGCAGCCACGAGUCUCGGGUCGGGCUGGUUGAAGGUGUUGAGAGGGAGAAGAGGACYGUGGUUCCUCUGGCUGUCGUCUCCACCCUCACCAUUCUUUGCCUGCUGGUACUUGUGGGCAUCCUCAUCUACUGGAGGAACUGUUUCCAGGUAGCUCAUUUCUACCCGGAUGACACUGCAUCACCUAAAGUUCUGUCUGUCCCAUCCACGCCACUGCUGCUGGCCACAGACGGCCACGAGCCGCUCACGGUGAAGCAGUUUGUGAAGCACGUCAUGGAGCUCCACAGCACCAACACUUUCUGCAAGGAGUUUGAGGAGGUUCAGACGUGUACAGUCGACAUGGGCAUCACGGCCGACAGCUCAAAUCACCCUGACAACAAAAGCAAGAACCGCUACAUUAACAUACUGGCCUAUGACCACAGCAGGGUGAAGCUGUCCAACAGUUUGGACCGAGAAGGGAAAUGUGGGGACUACAUCAACGCUAACUUUGUGGAUGGUUAUGAGCGAACGAGGGCAUACAUCGCAGCUCAGGGGCCUCUCAAAUCGAGCAGGGAGGACUUCUGGAAAAUGAUCUGGCAGCAGAACGUUGGAGUCAUUGUCAUGAUCACCAAUCUGAAGGAGAAAGGACGUACAAAAUGUGACCAGUACUGGCCUGAGGAGAACCCAGAGGAAUACGGUCCCUACCAGGUCACCCUAAAAAGCACAAAGACCCUUGCUUAUUACACACUUCGAACUUUCACAGUCAGGGAUACAACAAAUAAGGUGCCUCAAAGGAAAACUGAGCACACUGUCCUUCAAUUCCACUACACCCAGUGGCCAGAUAUGGGCGUCCCAGAAUACACUUUGCCUGUGCUGUCCUUCAUCAGAGCAUCUUCUCAAGCCAGAACGCAGGAAAUGGGACCAGUUUUGGUCCACUGCAGUGCUGGUGUAGGAAGAACGGGCACCUACAUAGUGAUAGACAGCAUGCUGCAGCAGAUCCAGGAUCAGGGGAUGGUGAAUGUUCUUGGCUUCCUGAAACACGUUCGGACUCAGAGAAACUUUUUGGUUCAGACAGAGGAGCAGUAUGUCUUCAUCCAUGAUGCUUUGGCAGAGGCCAUAUUGAGCCGGGACACCUUAGUCACCGCAGAGCUUCUCCACACGUAUGUGUCAGGCCUCCUGACACCCGGUCCCACCGGCAGGACACGCAUGGACAAACAGUUAAAGUUAAUAAGUCAGCGGCAGGCGAAGCAUGCAGACUACAGCACUGCUCUGAAAGAUGGCAACGCUGAGAGGAACAGAGCAAGAGCACUGAUGCCUGUGGAGAGAUCGAGAGUUUCUCUGACAGCUUCAGAAACAAACUCCACAGGCUACAUCAAUGCCUCUUAUGUUCUGGGCUACCACUGCAGUAAGGAGUUCAUAGUGAGUCAGACUCCUCUGAGCAGCACGGUGGAAGAUUUCUGGAGAAUGAUCUGGGAACACCAAACCCACACAGUUGUCUGCCUGCCAGAUGCACACAAUCAGAGUGAAAAGAGGGAUUGUUGUGUCUACUGGCCAAGCAAAGAUCUACCACUGAGCUUUGACAGUUUCACUGUGUCGCACUGUGGGGAGCAGCACAUACAUCUGCCUAAUGAGGAGAGACUUUUGGUGCAGGAUUUUACUGUGGAGUCUAGUCAGGAUGACUGCGUGUUCAACAUGCGUCAUUUUAGCACCCCCUGCUGGCCUAAUCCAGACAGUCCCAUCAGAAACAGCUUUGAUCUCGUCAGCGCAGUCAGAGACCACAGCAGACACGUACAGGGACCUGUAGUCGUCCACGAUCCUUUGGGAGGCUCUACAUCGGGCCUGUUCUGCGCCCUCUCCACCCUGUUCAGUCAGCUGGAGCAGGAGGGAGCGGUGGAUGUCUACCUGGUGGCACGAAUGACCAACCUGAUGAGGCCGGGAGUUUUUAACGAUAUUGAGCAGUACCAGUAUCUGUACCGAGCCGUCCUGAGCCUAGUGAGCAGCCAGGAGGACCAGAAAGCCCUGCAGAGUCCAGAGACCAACGGAUCCGUACCACUGGGCCAGUCCAACGUUGCAGAGAGCCUGGAGUCACUCAUGUAGACCCAAACUCUGACCUGUUGCACAAACACCCACUUUACACGUUGUCAGGGUCACAGCUGUGGAAAGUGAGCCUCCUAAUGCUUUAAUACACAUCUUUACUCWCUGGAGUCAUUUUAAAAGGAACAACCCACAACAACUCUUUUGUUUUUCCAAACAGGAACUUUACUGUUAAUGAGUUAACCUUAUCCUAGGCUUUUCUUUUUUCAUAAAUCCCAACUGUGCACGUCUGAUAGGUUGGAAAAAUUAAAAAUGACUGAUUAACACAGUAUCAGUUCUGGCAUAAUCAGACACCAAAUUAACGUACAGCAGGAAAGUAAGAACACGAAUCAGCAAAAAAGAGAGAAAAAGAAAAACUUUAUUUUUAAGUAUAUUUUUACAUCUGGAAAAUUUCCUAUACAUUUACAUGAAGGGGGUGUGGCUUCAAAAUUGUACUGCAGCAAGCCACUAGGAGGCACUUGUUCUUUGUGGCUUCAGCUUCUUGGUUCUGGUCCUGACUCUAGUUUUAAUAUCCAGUGUCCUCGUGCUUUGUACACCUGAAUUAAGCCAGCUUUUAAAAACUAAUUAGUCUCUGGAUAAACUUUUGAUCUUUAAAUCGUAACAACCACAACCUGCAGACAUAUUGUUCCCAACAAUGGCAACUCACUCUUUUUUUUUUCAUUUUUUAUUGUUUUGUUUUUGACUGUAAAUACAAAGCUUUUCAGAGGUAAUAAAAUAGCAGACUAUUUUACACAUUUUCACUUUGUACCACAGAAACAACAGAGCUGUUUUUUAGUUUUCUCUACAUCUGUCUUGAUUUUUCCUGUUCUUGUUUCCACUAAACUUUGAUCAUGUCUUGAAAUGAUUAAAAACUAAAUGGAGAAAGUGGGGAAAAAACUAAUUUUAAGAAAAUGUUUAUCGAACUUAAAAAAAUAAAAAAUAUUUCUUACUGUUUUUUGAUUUGCCAUUAACGUGGAUGUUUUCGCCACCUAGUGGCACAACAAGGGUAUUUCAGCUGACUAUUUUUCCUUUAUAUUUUAUAUUUUUAGUAUAACUCAGAUGUGCUUUUUUUAUAAAAAGAAGAAAAGAAUAUAAGUUGAAAAAAUAUAUUUGGAGAUGUAAAGGCGUAUUUUGACGCAGAACCAAAAAGGCUAAACAUCUAUGAAGAAUGGCUUUUCUCAAAUAUUUUCGGAGACAUUUUUAAAUCGUUAACCCUUUUAUUAUCUUUAGCUGCUUUUGACUUCCUGUCAAGAAAUUUCUGAAUAAGGUAGGAGUUAAAAUAGAAUAGCUAAAUGACCUCUAUACUUAAUAAAUAAGACAAAUUAUUAUUUAACACAUUUACGUUUUAUGCUUUGCACACAAACCAGCUGAAAUUUGAGUUCAAAUUAUUCUUAUUUAGAAAAAUAACCAGAAUUAAUUUUUUAUUUUGAUCUGAUUUUUGUUCAUUCAUGUCUCCUUGCCAGUGCCUUUUGUAAACCACAUCACUGUACAUUAAACUUAAUGCGCCAAAAUWUGAAGCUCACACAAUGCAGAUGUUUUAUUUACUGUAAAAUGAUGUUUAAAAUAUAACAUUUAAUUUGUUCCCAUCAAUAUGAGCAAAAAAAAAAAAAGAACCUAACUAUUAUUCAGGUGAGAAUAUUCACCGUUAAACAUUUUCAGUUUGAAGUCCCGACCGGAACAUUUUGCUAUGACUGUUUCAAAAAUCAUCGAUCUGUGGUUCUGAUCGGUUUAACUGGCAUCAAACCCAUUCUGUGUAAAUAUUCCUAAAUACUAGAAAAGGCCAAAAUGACUGUGUUUAUACUGUACYGCUAUAUAUUUUCUAUUUUACUAUACAAGGCGAUUUUCUAGUCAUUUACACAAACAUAACAGUGGGUUCGAUUUGAUACGUUUAGCCUGAAAAUAUUGAUCUUGAAAAUAGUUUUAACUGUUUGUUCUGUUUUUAUCUGUAGAUUCAUGUCUUUUUCUCCAGUCAAAUGCUGGAGGACUGGAAAUGUAAACAGGAUUAAAGAGUUCUUUCAAACUUGA